GGGGAGGUAGGGAGGACGCUAUCCAAGGAGGCCUCCACCCACAGGAAGAGGGCAGAGUGAGUCUGUGACGGGAGAUACUAGAGGGGGACCCAGACCGUCUGUCCAGCAGGGAAUGAUCCAUUUCAGGGAACACGGUGGAGCCUGUCUGUUCUGACGAUGCAGACAUGUCUGUUCAAUAAAUUACACAAGGAAAUGACUGAAUUGAGUGAGUGGGAGAGCAAAUAAAGACGCAGAUAAGAGGGGUGGCGAUGGAAUGCGUGAAUGGGGUUUCAGGCCCUGCGCCACCAGAGCUCCAGAAGGCUUCCCGGGUCCUGGCUGAGGAAGGAUCCCAGAGCCUAGCAGCAUUCACGUGUAUGUGAGGAGAAAACUGACCUUUUCCGCUGUCCUUGGCUACUCCUCUCCCAGGAAUCCUGACCAAACCAGAUCUCGUGGACAAGGGUACCGAACACAUGGUCGUGAAAGUGGCUCAGAACCUCACGUACCAUCUGCAGAAGGGCUACAUGAUCGUGAGGUGCCGGGGACAGGAGGAGAUCUACAACAAGCUGAGCCUGGCCGAGGCAACCGAGAAAGAAACGAUGUUCUUCCAAACACAUCCGUAUUUCAGAGCUCUCCUGGAGGAAGGAAAGGCUACGGUGCCCCGUCUGGCAGAAAGACUGACCAAUGAGCUCAUCUUGCACAUCAAUAAAUCACUCCCGUUGUUAGAAAAGCAAAUAAGGGAGAGCCACCAGAGGGCGACAGAGGAACUGCACCAGUGUGGAGACAACAUCCCCAGCAAUGAAGCCGAUAGAAUGUUCUUUCUGAUCGAGAAAAUUAAGGUGUUUAAUCAGGACAUUGAAAAGUUAAUAGAGGGAGAAGAAGUCGUAAAGAAGAAAGAUACCCGCUUAUUUAACAAAAUCAGGGAGCAUUUUGAAAGCUGGGUACUUGUACUCACAACCAAUACCCAAAAAGUUAAAAAUAUUAUUCACGAAGAAGUCUCAAUAUAUGAAAAGCAGUAUCGCGGUAGAGAGCUUCUUGGAUUUGUCAGCUACAAGACGUUCGAGACCAUAGUGCACCAGUAUAUGGAGCAGCUGGUAGACCCCGCGCUCACCGUUCUCCACCAGGCUGUUGAAGUUGUCCGGCAAACGUUCGCCGAUGCAGCCAAGAGGCAUUUUAGUGAAUUCUCCAACCUCAAUCAUACAGCCCAGAACAAGAUUGAAGACAUAAGAACGAGACAAGCAGAAACAGCAGAAAAUCUGAUCCGACUUCAGUUCAGAAUGGAGCAGCUGGUUUAUUGUCAAGACGAGAUUUACAGCGUGGUUCUGAGCCAAGUCCGGAAAGAGAUCUUUAACCCAGUGGGAAAGCCCUUGCAGAAUCCUGAGUUGAAACUGUCAUUCUCAAAAGAUCUGUCUUCGGUGUCGUCCAUCACUGAGAUUGGGGUGCACCUGAAUGCCUAUUUCUGGGAAGCCAGCAAACGUCUCGCCAACCAGAUCCCAUUCAUAAUUCAGUAUUUCAUACUCCAAGAGUAUGGCAGUUGCUUACAGAAAGCCAUGAUGCAGAUACUACAGGAGAGAGAGCACUAUUCCUGGCUGCUUCAAGAACAGAGCGAGACCUCUGCCAGGAGGAGAGUCCUUAAGCAGAAGAUUUACCGGCUGGCUCAGGCGCAGCGCGCUCUCUAUAAUUUCUGCAAUUAAAGGGGCUGGGUCCACGGAGGGGCAA